AUGGAUAAAGGUUAUUUCCCGCAGUACAAAGCACAAAUGUCCCGAAUGCUCUGCGACGACUUGUAUACAUUCCGUACAGAACUGAAGAAAGUGAUCAUACCCAUCACAAAAUCGGCGUAUGACAUCUUCCCGAAGGGCACAGUCACACGCAAGGAGGACAUACAGAAACACGUCAUCGCAGCUGCCACCGAGCUCCUCAAGACCAGUGAUUAUCUUCGUAUUCCCGACUCGUCUAAUGGCGAAUGGAAAAAUUUUGUGUCACAGGCUCUCAUGGAUGGUUGCCUGGCAUUUUACUAUAGCAGUAGCAAGAAGGCACUGAAGAACACGGACGAAUUUCGCCACACAAUUCCUCAGAACGGGCUUAUUCUCAUUGCCACUGUGAUGAAGGGCGUCCUCUCUGGAUUUUCCGAAACUGGUACUGACAAAUUACCCGACCUCUCUGCUGAUAAAUGUAGGAGCGAUUUCAACUUGUUGCGGAGGUCUGUGGACAAGCUGAUGGAUAUUCCCGAACGUCAUGAAGAGCUCGAAGAUAUGCUGGCGCAGUGGGCCAUGAUUGGGAUGGCCUGCAUGAUGUGUUUCAUCUGCAAAAUAUGUCUUAUCUGCACAGACUGUAAAGAGGGGACUUCCUUACUCAUCACAACUAUUGAUAAUUUAGGACUCCAGUCAUCGAGAACUGCGACGAGAACUCAGAGCAGAUUGUCGAUCACAUCAAUUCACAAACGCACUCAAACGCACUCUACAUUUUACAAUAACUUUAUUGAUAUCAAUGGGUCCGCAAGACAAAUACUGCGACUUGCACAAGAAGGUUGCGAGAGCAGCGCACAUCAGCGCAAAACAUGGAGAGACCCAUUGAAAGGCAGCGGGGAGUUGAAAGGCAGCAGGGAGUCGAGAGAGCUGUUGAAAUCCAAGGAGGAGGGGAAAGGACCGUUCAGACAACUCGGAGAUCCAGGUGGGGACGUUACCUGA